AUGGAUCGUCGUGGUGCGUUCCGUGGUGGUUUUGGAAGUUACAGUUUUGGAAGUUUCGGCGGUAGUUUCGACGGUCGUUUAUCAAACGGCUCACUGGAUCGCAACUGGGCCAGAUCAAGGUUUAUCACUUGUAUUAAAUUUCUUCGUCAACAAUUUCGGCAAGAACAGCAGUAUCAAGCUUCUGUCGCAAAUGCAUUUGAUGGUGGUAAUGCUAUCGCUUACAAUCCUGGUGGCAACUUAUUGUAUGCGAAUCAGCCGGGCUUCAUACUUGCAAGAAUCAAUGGUGCUAAGCAUCGUCUAUCGUGUAAUGAUCAAUUGUUGAGCUGUGCUCGCGAUCAGUUCAUAUCUAAUAUGAGAAUGGAUGCUAACCGUCGUCAUCGCUGUUAUCGUCGUCAGUCGGCUGGUUAUGGUGAUGGCCAACAACCGUCGUCAGAGCAACAAGAAAAUGUUUGUAGAAAUUACGGACACCGACGACAACAAGAGCAUGCGCGACAAGUUGCAGCUGCUGCUAGCGGCUGGCAUAGUAGUACUGGUAUUGCUGGUGCCGAUGAUACUGCUACCUGUUUUGUUGAUGCAUUUGGUGACGAAUCUUCGUUCAGAUCGCGCGGUAAUGCAGCUCUUGGUGGUAGACCAGGAAUAAUUUCAAGUCGCCGUGUGACUACGGAUGUCGAUAAAUCGUGGACACCUGUCACAAAAUUGGGUCGUUUAGUAAAAGAUGGAAAAGUGAAAACAAUUGAGGAAAUUUAUUUGCAUUCAAUGGCAAUCAAAGAAUAUCAAAUAGUGGAUCAACUGCUGCCACAUAUGCGUGAUGAAGUACUAAAAAUAGUGCCCGUGCAAAAGGUGACUCGAGUUGGUGUCCGAACACGUUUCAAAGCAUUUGUUGCUAUUGGUGAUCGUGCCGGUCAUGUGGGAUUAGGUGUCAAAUGCGCUAAAGAGGUUGCAACCGCAAUACGUGGCGCUAUCUAUAAUGCGAAAACGGCAGUCGUACCAGUGACCGGCAUUUAUGAUGACGUUUAUAUGCGUUUAUAUCCAGCGCCGCGUGGUACAGGAAUUGUUGCACCACCGGUGGUAAGAAAAAUCUUGGAAUUGGGUGGUAUACAAGACUGUUAUACGUCGGUGAAUAAUCCGUCAACGUUGGGACCGCUCACGAAAGCCACAUUCUCGGCCAUUCAGAAAACGUAUUGGUAUGUUGCGCCGCCACCAACCGUCAGAAAUAUGAUCGAUUCGUCGACGGCUGAUGCUGAGAGUUAUGAGAGAAAGUUACAAACACAGUGGCAAUUUCUUGAGCGUAAAAUUAUACUGAGUAAUUAA